AUGGCCACCAAUGUGCUCGCCGAAAGUCAAAAAUUCGUCAGCGAGUUGACGGAAGAGACGAUCGACACGAUGACGACCGAUGAGCUGAACACCACCUGCAUAGCCCUGCUCACCAAUUCGAAGGCCGUCGAGAAGGAGUUGGGGCUGCUGCGCCAGGACGUGUUGCGUUUGCGUGCCGAUCGAAAUUUUUGGAGGGAUAAGGCGAAGGAUUUGGAGGACAGCUGGACGGUGUCGACGCACGAUCGCGAGCUGUUAUGUGAGGAGGCUUUCAAGUACAAGAACGAGCUCAGCGACAUCAAGCGGGCCAUCAAAAACCAAACGCGUCUCUACUCCAUCACGCCCGUCGUUUCUACUAGCUAUUGCGCUUCCGGUCGGCCAUCGCCCCAUGCGAACAAGCGCCGGAAGAUGGACAUGGACAUCUCGGACGUCAGCUCGGAAGCGUCGUCCGGCGCCAAGUUGAACGGUCGCCGCCACAGUGGACGACCGCAAAUGCCGAAAUUCGAUGAGCCUCAACGUUUGGCGAACUCGCCGUUGAGUGCGAUGCCGCAACCGUUGCCCCCUCCGCCCCCGCCACCUCCACCGCCACUAUUGGCCAGCUCGUCAGACAUGGUGUCCUGGCAUCACCAGCAACAACCAAAUCACCACCAGCAGCGGACCGGCGGCUACCAUGGCGCGCCGAACGGUUCGAACGGCCCGGCGGCUCCGUACGCGGCUCCCACCAACUUCACCGCCAUGCCCAGCGGCCCGCCACCACCACUGAUGAUGCCACCGCAACAUCAAAUGCCGCCGAUGCAAAUGCAGCCACCGCCACAACACCCCCCGCAACAUCAGUUCCAGCCGCGCAAUCGGCAGUGGGCCGGCGAUUGGGAUGGAGGCGGCGGCCCGCAGCAAGGACCCUCGGCCGGCUACAACCAACCACCCAAUCAGAACAACCGCAAAUCGUUCGGCGGCAAUAGUAAUCCGGACAGGAACAACCACUCGAUGGGCCCGCCACUGAUUUGCGGUCGACCGCCGGGCCCCGAAAUGCUGACAAGAAACGACGCGAUGGUGCUGGCCGAGAAGAUUCGUGACUCGCCUACAUUUACGAACCUCGACCACACGUUGCUGCGACGAACCACAAAAUUCCAAAAGGCGUUCUGCAAGCCGUGCGCCGUCACGAAGCUCGAAAACCCGGCCGCCAUCCUCACGCACGUGAUGGGCAUCAGCCAUAUUGAUAAGAUCUACGAGCGACGGCAGGGCUUCACCUCCAAUGACUUCGACUACUGGCUGCAGGUCGUGCUGAACUCGCAGGCGAACGACGACGGGCCCGCGAAGUCGUCAUCCAAUUCACACGCCUCCACCGGUUUCGAUUGC